AUGUCGGCGCCUUUUAUGGUCGAUGCGGUGGGACUCGCCAGAACUAUGACUUAUUUCUUCGGGGUAAUGGAUCCCCCAUGGUUGCGACUCGAGAAAUUGAUCAAUUCCGAAGAGAAUUCUAUUGUCAGAGUAGAGCCCCGUUAUGUAGCUGGGGCCGGUCGAGGAUUGUUUGCUACCCAAGAUCUUGCUGCUCUAGAAACAGUCAUCUCGGUGCCAAGUCAAUUUCUUAUGAAUGCCAGGACGCUGAGCGCCCAAUACCCAGAGCCCAUUUUACCUCAAUUUAUUCCCAUAUCAACGAUUGAUCCUCCUCGCCUUACCUCAAUCCAGUUACUCUCGUUACAUUUAUAUCGUGUCAAGCGUGGUAUUGAAGACGGUAGCUUUGAUGCAUAUAUCAGUACCCUUCCGACAUACUUUGCUGAUCACCCGUUGGCCAUUAUGCAGAAUUCAGGUCUGAGACUAGCUUUCAUAAAAAUGGUACCCCGCUCUGUGGAAAACAUGCUGUUGAGUGUUGAGAAACGGUUGAAGGAUGAUUGGAACUUGGCGCUACGGACAAUGGAGCAUUUUCCUGGCCUGUCAUUAUCGGGGAAGGAAGAGAUGGAGGAUUCAAAUUAUUUGUUUGAAGACUACGUGUGGGCAUGGUUAAACGUCAACACGCGCUGUCUAUACCAUGAACUUGGCUUUCCCCAACCAAGUGAUAAUGUCACAAUGUGCCCUAUCCUUGACUUUGCCAAUCACACGCCCAUCGAUUCAUUGUCAAUAACGCAAGACGAGUUCGCACUCGGCGACGGAAUGGCAUUUUCAACACUAGGUCCAAUGAAGAAUGGCGACCAAGUUUACUUACGUUACGGAGGCCACUCCAACGCGUUCCUGUUCUCCGAAUAUGGGUUCGUGUUGCCCCUUGGCCUACAGGGUGCGCAUAUAACCGAUGGUGAGAUCGUUAUCGACCCAGAUUUAGAAGAGCAAUUUGAAGGUGCGAAAAACUCCCAAUUAAAGCAAGAAUUAUUGAGAGAUCGGAACUAUUGGGGUGAUUGGACCUUUCACGUACAAGGCGGAGAGGCACGACCAUCGUACCGAGUAAUCACUGCUCUACGUUUACUUCAUGUCUCGAUCAACCCUGAGAAUGAUUCGAACCAUGAGCUACAGCUUUGGGAGGACUCGAUUAUGGGCUUGGUGGAUAAUGUUUCUGAAGAGAACGAAUUGAAAGUUCGACAAUCAGUGAUCGACCUCUGCAAAACUGUAGUCGAACGAAGCAAGACUAAGAUAUCCUUUAUACGGUCUCAGGUAACAGACAGCGAAGCCAGUGAUCCCGUAGAGUGGCUACGUGUACUCGAUAUGAUAGAGCGGCUUUGGGAAGAGGAAUAUUAUGUGGCAAAAAGUGUACAACAAUUCGCUUUAACUGGAGCUACUUUCUAA